AUGUCCGCCGAGCAGGUUGUCGCUCCCGUUGAGGUCGUCGAGGAGGUCGCCCCCGCCACUGCCGAGGAGGUUCCCGCCGUCGAGGAGGUCGCUGCCGAGGCCGCUGAGGAGGUCGCCGAGGAGGCCCCCGCUGCCGAGGAGGCUGCUGAGGGGGCUUAA